AUGAACCCUACGUUGAGAGCGCCGACAUCUCAAAGACAUGAUACCGGCUAGGUGUCUUCACGUCAUCUACAAGAUAGGCCAGUUGUGCAUCAGUCUAGCCUUGGCAUUGUUCUUGCUGCAACAGUUCUUCAAACUGCCGUCCCACGUACCACCCAAGAUUGCAGUGCUGGAAGAACCGAACUCAAUCAAGGACGAACCUGCCAAGACAUACGAAGUUCUUGUGUGGAACGCAUUCGGCACGGACUUUCUCAAUCUCCACUUUGGAGACCAGGUCAUGAAGACAUGUGCUGUGCCAUGCCGGUUCCGACAGGACAAGCGGAAUUUAUGUCAGAGUGACGUCGUCAUCUUUCAAAGCAACUAUGAUUUUUGGAGGACCCUUCCGCCGUACCGUAGUCCGAACCAGGCAUAUCUUCUAUACGCCAUGGAAUCCCCCCAUAGGCUACCAUACUCCCACGAAAAGAUGGACGGCGUAAAGAUUAACUGGACGCUGUCCUACCGACUCGACGCCGACAUCGUCUAUAGGCAUACAUUUAAGGUAGUGCGCAGACCAAUCAGGCCAACUAACACGUCAUCGCAAACGUCGGCUAGCCAUAGCCCCAAGUCACGGCCGGUAGUCUGGAUAGUAUCCAACUGCAACGGCUACAAUCAUCGUGAGCAGUACGUCGACGAACUUAAGAAGACAAUUCAAGUGGAUGUCUACGGGAGAUGUGGCACCCUGCAAUGCAAGAGACUCGAUUGUUACGAAGAGGUGUCGGUCCACUACUCUUUCUACCUCGCCUUCGAGAAUUCAAUCUGCAAAGACUACAGCACCGAGAAACUGUUCUUCCCGCUGAUGCACGGCAUGGUACCCGUCGUGAUGGGAGGCAUGGACUAUGCCAGGGUGGCGCCUCCGGGAUCUUACAUAGACUUUGCGGACUUCAAGUCUCCGAGCGACCUGGGGAAGUAUCUGUGGCGUGUUCAUAACACGCCGGCAGAGUAUCAGCGCUUCUUGGACUGGAACAGAGACUACGCCAUUGAAAGACCCUCGUUUGGUUGUACGGUGUGCGAGGGAAUUCAUCGCCUGUUUGCGGGACCUCCCAGACACUAUAAUAAUUUACUGAGUUUUCUCGUCGACGAUGCUCAUUGCUCGACGUGGCAAGAAGUGCUGAAGAAGAAAGCAGCGGCUCAUCACGAUUGA